GCAUGUGGAUAUCUACGCGACCCUCUUCAAAGUCCGCUUCAAAGUCCGAAACGCUUGCUGGUCCGUUGCGUUGCCUUUUCGUCGGUUGUGUCCUUUUUCUCUUCGGUGCUAGCUUGACAGCAGAUGCGCAGAUUGCCAUCAGCACAGUGAGCUUCAAAGGCCACGUUCCAUCAAGACAUCAACAUAAUGCAAGCAAUUCAGACCCCAGAAAUGAUGUCCACAGCCUCUGGGCUGCCAUUGGGCGAAUUUCUCAGACUUCACAACAAGUCGUUUUCAAGUAAAUGUUGCCAUCAUGGAACAACAACGGAAUGCAUACUACUCAACAACUUGCUCGUCUGGAACAAAGUGCUUUGGUGUAGCGGUUUCACUCUCACAGAGACAGAUCCCGGAGUGCUCACGCUCUUCUCAUGCGACGGAGACCUUGUCACCGUACGAAGUGCUACAUCUUUGAACAUGAGCGCUGCGCUCAUUAGCGAACACAAGAGUAUAAAAUACUUCUGCUUCCGUGAGAUAGACGUUAAUGUUCUGGUCCGCAUCCUUGCAGAAUUGGUAAAACGGUCUGACGUACGCGGGUUCGUCCUGGGCUCUACGUAUGACGGCGGCACACGUUUCCCUUUUUUGGGCUCGCCCUUAAACACGGGGCCUCAGCAAGUCGAGUAUGCUAUGUCUUCUGCCAUGAUGAUAUCAACUAUGGUGCGCAUGGCAACGUCGCUCGAGGAGCUUCAGAUCCAAGAUGCGUCCAUAAGGAACGACGCAGCCGUUGCGCUGGGCAGGGAAUUGGCGAAGAAACCCUCACUUAAGACACUUUUUCUGUCAGAAUUGUGUCGAGAAGUUGCGAUAUCCUACAUUUCUACUCUUCACGCCAUGGAUCCGGUCAAUAGGGUUCGUGUAUGGCACGUUUGCUCCCUUACACUUCGCGGAUGCAAUGCUAUUCAGUGCAAGCAGCUUUGCAAUCUCUUGGUAUCGAACACGACCAUCACUUACUUGAACCUCUCUGGAAUCUACAGGCGAGCGUUUGACAAUAAAGCUGACUAUAGCCACAGAAGAGAAAACGCGCUUUGUGACGAAGGAGUGCUAAUGCUUGCAGACACGCUUCGUCGAGCAGGCAGCGUCACGAUCCUAGUUUUGCGAAACGUGGGGUUUAGCAAGGAAGGGGCUGCGGCACUGGGCCGGCUGAUGGUCACAAACACAGUAGUACGUACACUGGACAUAAGCGAGAACGAACUCGGGAUGGAGGAGUGCAUUGCAUUAGCAAAUGGACUGCGCCUAGCGAGGGUUCUCAAGGAAUUCAUCAUGGAAAAAUGUGACGUCACACGUAGCGGAGCAGUGAGUAUCCUGGAGGCAGUGCGAACAAAUGAACCGUGCACAAGGGUGACGUUCGGAAACGCUUUCGCUUUCAGGGACAACAUGUUUCAACUGGACUUCGUGCAAGUUUUUUUAAACAACUACCCAGAGAGUAUGGCAUUUCUGUGGGAGAUUGAUGUGGUGGAGACUGGUCAGGUACUUCUCACAGAUCUGCAGCACGUGAGGCAGAUAGUACUGAAGUGUGACAGAGAUUUUCCAGUGGACACGUUUUGUGCUUUUCUUCAACAUGACGGGACGGUGGUCGACGAACUGCGCCUCGUUUUGGACAAUGCGUCUUCCUACAUAGUAGUACAGCUGGCUAGGUCCCUUCAACGCAUGAGUGGUCUUCGGAGUCUUAGCUUAUUAAUGAAUGGAGGAACAAAUGAGCGAGCGCGGGAAGUGCUGGAAUUCCUGGCACGGGCUUUGGAGAAGAACGCGACGCUCUGUAGUCUACGCCUGAUGGUGCAGGUCAACGAUGUAAUCCAUUCUUUUGCGCAACUUAUAAGCAAAAGCAAGACAUUAAAUUCUGUCGAGAUUUGCUACGCAUUGGAGGAACCCGCAGUACAUGAGCUCGAGCAAAGCAUGACAUGCAACUAUGCCAUUACGGAGUUUAAGGUACGUCCUGAUCGCUCACGGUCAGAAAAACAGCGCAUAGAGGAGCUGGCUGCGCGGAACAGAGUCCUUCAAGAUCGAGCUCUGUGUUUCAUGUUAGAAGGUACUACUGUAAAGAAGCGCUGGAUUAAGGCCUUUGAACUCACACGUGACACGGGGACUCUCAGGAGGGCUGUCAUGUCCAAGUUGGAGAAAUCGGAGGAAGAAGCACAAUUUCUGAUUGACCGUAAAUUGCGAUACCUCCGGGACCAUUACUUCAUAAUCAGCGGGAUCAGCAAGGGUAAGAUCAUGUGCAAUGCCUCGCCAACAGGUGCUACACAGUUACAUAACCUCAACGCGGGAUGCCUGUCUCAUAUUACAAGGUACCUCCGUGUAACGGAUGUCAAGGAAUCCAGUCUCUGCGGCUGAUGUGGACUUUCUUCGAUAUUGAGCACUAGUGCUUGCAGUUUCGAUAAAUUUUUUGUCUGUUAUAGCUUGAGCCUAUAUUACAAGUAUAUAGCGUUUAGACUGUUCCGGUUCUGCAAGCGAUAGGUCAACGCGCAUGCGUAUAUUUCUUCUUCAAUCGCCACCGCAUUUCCCACGUUGUAUUAAUGUGUUUUUGGAGCGGAACUCGAGGACCAUACCUCGUGCACGAUGAUAAAAGCCUCGUUGUCAAGGAAGCAAUGUUGCUAUCUCUCAGAUUAUUUAUCUGUUUUUCUUUGUUCUGUGAAUACAAAUAAACAAAUAUUGUUGUCUCGCAGUGGUC